UAUACACCUGCGCAAAGACCUUAGCAACUAUAACAACUUAUUUUGCCUGCUUUACAUACAUUUAAAUUUCAUAAACAUCAAAUUCUUGGAAAAGUAAUCGUAAAACAUCACAAUGGGACAGGCUCUGACCAGAGCAGCACAGUGGACAUCUGCCAAAGGAGGAUCUGGUGGGAAAUUAGAAUACACAAAAAUAAAUGAGGAACUUUUAAACAGUAUCAUAUCUUUCGUAGAUGGAUUCAGCGCUAAGUAUCCAGAAGAAUCCAAGCUCGUUUUUAAAAAACCACUAACAUGGCAGUCAUCUUUAAAACCAAAUCAGAUAAAAGGCCCAGGAAUGACAGACAGAGGGGAAGAUCUUGUAUCAGAAGAAACAGCAGGGAAAGACCAGCCUUUAUUUGUCCUACAGAAACACGAUCAAAUGACAUACAAUGUUAGUGUUAUGACAAUGCAUCAUGCAGAAGAAGUAAUGCGCGCUGCCGGAGAUAAGAAAAUGCAUGAAGUUAGAGCUUGUUUAGAAGCCAACAGAGAUCCAGUUGCCAACAUGCUUGGAGACAGAUUUGCCACAGUUGAAGGUGAUGACAACUCUAUUUUCCGUUACAUGGAAGAAAUUGCCAAAGAGCAGGAAAUGUUAGCUAAACAAAGUGCUGAAGAAAGAAAUGAAGAUAGACAGGCUGAAAUUGAAGAAAUGAAAAGCGUAUUGAAAUUGAGACUUUGUCUUCAGCGACUAGAUCAACAACUCAUGGACCAAAGCAUCACAAUUAUUUCAAAAGAAGUAAGACUUACACCAGUAACUGUUGAUGGAGAAGUCAGCAUCCUGAAAGAACUUUGUGGACACGAGGAUGACAACACAGUUUUGGAAAAACUAGAUUACUGGGGUGACAACUAUGUUUUCAAGAACGGCUGUAGAGCUCAACCAAAGAGACAACUCCAUGGAGAUAUUUGUUACUUAGAAGUCAAACCACAUGAUGGACAAAAUUUCUAUGUCACUGCCAACACAAGUGGUUACUACUGUAAUAAGGGUCCAGAUAACCAAGGAGACAUGGAUUAUGAAAAAGAAGGUGAUUCAUACAGAGAACUUGUUACCUUGCUAAAAGAUAAAAGUCCCAAGUUUGCUGAAAUGAUUGAUAAACAAGAUUUUGCAUUAAAACACCACGAUAAACAUGACAAAUACAUGGAUGUUAGAGUUGAACAGCAGGAUGAUGAUGAUACUGGAGAAACAUACCGUUCUGAGGCACCAAGAGGAGGUCGACAGAAAACAAUGGAUGACCAGGAUAAAGACAAACAAAAGUCAAAAUCACAAAAAAAGAAGAGGUUAGAACCAUCAUUGAAAUGGAGAGCUCUUGGAAUGGAGGAAUAUAGUGCAGAGAAAAUGGAUAGAGAGAAAAGAGUAUUAAAGAAAAAGAAAACAACACAAAGAUUGAAAUCCAAAACUCCAGUUGAUGCAGAGGACUCAUUCAGUGAAAGUUCUACAGAGAGUGAAGAGGAGGAAGAGGCUGUUGAACGUAGAAGUGAAACAAAUGCUGAUCUACCAUCAGAAUAUUGGCAAAUACAGAAACUUGUUAAAUAUCUCAAGGGAGGAAAUCAAACAGCUACCAUUAUUGCCCUGUGUUCAAUGAGAGAUUUUAACUUGGCUCAGGAGACAUGUCAGCUGGCUAUCAGAGAUGUUGGUGGUCUGGAGGUUCUUAUUAACCUGUUGGAUACAGAGGAAAUCAAAUGCAAGAUUGGAGCUUUGAAAAUCUUGAAGGAAAUUUCACGCAAUACCCAAAUCAGAAGAGCUAUUGCUGACUUGGGAGGUUUACAGACAAUGGUGAAAAUAUUAAGAGAGCAUGACAAGGAACUUAAAUGUUUAGCUGCAGAGACAAUCGCUAAUGUUGCUAAAUUCAGGAGAGCUAGACGUACAGUUAGACAGCAUGGUGGAAUUAAAAAAUUGGUUGGACUAUUAGACUGUGGCAGUGUCAACGGACCAAUGAAUGCAGAAAUUGAACGAGAUGUAGAAGUAGCCCGCUGUGGUGCUUUAGCUCUUUGGAGCUGUAGUAAGAGUAGGAAGAACAAAGAAGCCAUGAGAAAAGCUGGAGCUAUCCCACUGCUAGCUAAACUACUCAAAUCUACACACGAAGAAAUGUUGAUUCCGGUAGUCGGAACAUUACAAGAAUGUUCUUCUGAGCAAAAUUACAGACUAGCCAUUCGAACAGAAGGAAUGGUACAGGACCUCGUUAAAAAUUUAAACAGUAGCACAGAUGAAUUACAGAUGCAUUGUGCCGCAGCUAUCUUUAAGUGUGCAGAAGAAAAAGAAACAAGAGAUUUAGUUAGGCUGUAUGGUGGAUUAGAUCCUUUAGUGAAAUUAUUAGAAAAAACUGAAAAUAAAGAACUAUUAGCUGCAGCUACAGGAGCUAUCUGGAAAUGUGCUAUUAGUCCAGAAAAUGUUCAGAGAUUUCAGGAGUUAAAAGCAGUUGACAGACUUGUAGCAUUAUUAAAUAAUCAACCAGAGGAGGUAUUAGUAAAUGUUGUAGGAGCAUUAGGUGAACUGGCCAAAGAUCCUCCAAACAGAGCACAGAUAAGAAAAGCUGGAGGAAUAUCUCCAUUAGUUAAUUUAUUAACAGGAACAAACCAAUCAUUGUUAGUCAACGUAACAACAGCAGUAGGGCAGUGUGCAGAAGAACAAGAUAAUAUGGCUAUUAUAGAUAAAUUAGAUGGUGUGCGAUUACUAUGGUCCUUACUAAAAAAUCAGAAUCCAGAAGUACAAGCCAGUGCUGCAUGGGCAAUCUGUCCUUGUAUAGAAAAUGCUAAGGAUGCAGGUGAAAUGGUUCGAUCAUUUGUGGGUGGUUUAGAACUAAUAGUUAGUUUAUUAAAAUCAGAACAUAAAGAAGUAUUAGCAAGUGUUUGUGCAGCUAUAGCAAAUAUUGCCAAAGAUGAGGAGAAUUUAGCAGUUAUAACAGAUCAUGGUGUGGUACCGAUGUUAGCAAGAUUAACAAAUACUUUUGCAUGGAGAGGUGUUAGAACUAAUUCUGAGACUGAUGACAGAUUGAGGAGGCAUUUAGCAGAAGCCAUAGCUCGGUGCUGUAACUGGGGCAACAACAGAACAGCUUUCGGACGAGAAGGUGCUGUAGCCCCUCUUGUUAAAUAUUUGAAAUCUACAGAUGAAGAUGUUCACCGAUCAACAGCCAAAGCUUUGUUCCAGUUAUCGAAAAAUCCUGAAAAUUGUAUAACAAUGCAUGAAGCUGGCGUCGUUAAGCCUUUAAUAAAAAUGGUCGGAGCACAGGAUGAAGAAUUACAGGAAGCCUCAGCUGGUUGUAUAGGAAACAUCAGAAGACUUGCUUUGGCCAAUGAAAAAGCUCGAUACUCAUAGUGCAGGACUGUUUAACCAAUGGACAACAAUUUUACAUGACAAAUCUGUGAUAUUUGGGGGAAAAAAGAAUAUUGUACUGCCUAAAAUUAUAAAGAUAUAUUUUGAUAUGUUUUUGGCAAUAGUUUAAUUUCAUGUUAUUAUCAGACAAACUAAUAUGUAAAUUUUAAAGAAGUGCUGAUGUUGGUGAUAAUUUGUAACAGGGGAAGGGGUGAAAAAGGGGGAGGGGUUACAUCAGUGUACGUGUAUUUGCAUUUUGCAAUAUUUGUCUAGUAUUGUUACUUUUGUCUUGUUAUUACUUGAACAUAAACAUAAACAAAUGUUUGUAUAACAACCAAAAUUAUUUAAAUUUAGUUAAUUAAGAAACAACAAUUUAAUAAUAUUAAUUAAGUAAAUAAAACAACAACAAUUAUUUGUAUUAGAAUUUGGUUAGUUGUACAACAGAUGGUUAUAAUAAAAUUCAGUUACCAUUUAAACAACAAUUUAUUACCUUAAACUUAAGUUAUUAGUUGAACAACAAUCAAUAACAAUAGAAUUCAGUUAUCAGUUGAACAUUAAUUGAUUACAUAAAACUUUGGCUAAUAAUAGUAUAACAGUUGAUUAAGUUAAAAUUCAGUUAUCAAUAGAACAUAAAUUACUAAAAUUAAAAUUAAAGCAUCUAUAAACAUCAGAUAAUGAUAUGAAAAUUCAGAUAUCCAAAGAACAAAAAUUAAUUUUCUGAAGUUCAGUUACAGGUAUUAGAAGAACAGUACAAUUUUUUUAAAACCUUUUCUUCAUUGAAAUGUAUAGCAUUGAAGACAACAGUGAGAAAAAAUGGCAACAAUAAUUAAAAGAAAUGCAUUUAAUGAUUUUUUUUCAGUAUUUUUAAAGUAGAACAAAUAGAAAUGUUUUUUUUUUUUAUUAUAUUUGAUUUUUUUCUGUAAUGGUCUAUAUAAUUAUUUAAAUUUCAUUUAGUUGAAAUUUUUAUUUGAAUGCGUUCUAAAUUUAAACUGAGUGUACUUUUACAUUCCGUCCAAGAAUCCCUUUCUAAUGAUGCAGCUUGAGAAAAUAACUUUUUAUUAAUGUUUUUUAAUUAUAAUUUAUAUUCCAUUUUUGUUUUGACUGUAAGAAAAAUAUUACAAUUUGGACUAUUUACAUCUGUUAGCCAAUAAAAGAAAGAUAUAAAUUA